UCAAGCGCGCCUAAUACUGCACAAAUAAGAAAGCCAGAACCUGUCAUUCUAAAUUAAAGCAACAACAAGCAACCAAUCAAUUUUCUGUUUAAUUUUUUGGGUCUGUUUCGAACGUUAUCUUUCGAAUAGUGUCUUAGGAAGAAGUAUGUCGUCUAAUUUUACCGAAAAACCAAUUGUUGAAGUUUUAAAAAUCACAAACCAGCAACAUUCUGGACGCAAACCUGAAUUUCAUGUCCCUAAACCAUUAAUUUGCUUUGUUUGCGGAACUGAUUUUGUGACUGACAAGGAUUUGCAGCAACAUUAUGUCGAGCAUAUUGCUGUAAAACCAUAUAAAUGCAAGUUAUGUGAUAAAAGUUUUAUUUCUGAGCGAAAUCUCAAGAAGCACGAAACCAAACAUGCGGGAUUGAAGCCAUAUCAAUGUGAUAUAUGCAAAAGGAAAUUUUCUAAGAAAUUAAAAUACGAGAUUCAGUGUCGGACACACGGCACUGAGCAGCUUUGUGUUUCUUGUUGUGAAUUAUUUUCUUUAAACGAUGUUGAUGAUUUUAUAGGUUCAGUUCGUCAUGACUGUGACACCUGUAAUCAACGGUAUUUAUUCAAACCUGUUAUUGAAGUUAGUAAUGGACAUCUGAAGCCAUAUCUAUGUACAAUUUGUGGGAAGAGCUUCAGCAACAGAAUUAGCUUAACCAAUCAUUCAAUUUCACAUAAAGAGCAGAGGAAACGAUUUUCUUGCAAUAUUUGUUAUGAAGCGUUUCCUACAUUGCAUGGUUUAGAUAAGCAUGAAAAAAGUCACAUACAAAUCAAUGUUCUCCCAGAUGGCUCUUGCUACCCAUGUAAAUUGUGCUAUGAAUCUUUUACUUUUCAGCAUCAGCUGGAAUCACAUUAUAAUGAUACUCACUUUGGGGAAUUUAAGUAUGAAUGUAAUAUUUGCAAAAGAAAUGUCUUCUUACACCAUACUCUUCACGCUCAUGUUAAGACUCAUGUUGAGCAAAAACAUUUUAAAUGCAGAUUUUGUCCAAGAACAUUUACAUCUAAAACAUAUUUGAGAAUUCAUCAUUUGGUUCAUGAUAGCACUCGUAAAUUCGAGUGUGGUGCAUGCGGAAAGAGAUUCUCCACAAACGUUAGAUUGAAGCUGCAUGGUAUAGUGCACAUGGAUAAAAAACCAUUUAAAUGUGUUGACUGUCACUUUGGUUUUAAUAACAAAACAUACCUAAAGCGACACUAUCUGAAGCAUAUUGAAGAAAAGCCUUACAAAUGUGAUAAAUGCCCGAUUUCAUUUACGCGUAAAAUUGCUCUCCAAAAACAUGAAUUUGCUCAUAAGAGUUCUGAUGAGUAUAAAUGUCAAAAUUGUUUUGUAAAUUUUAUAAGUUUUCAAGAUUUACAUAAUCACUAUCGAGUUAAACAUCCUCGUACAAAGCCUUACUACAUCUGUUAUAUAUGUCUCAAGGUUAUUCGCCAUAAACAAAGUUUUUUCAGGCAUUGCAGGUUGCACACUAAUGAUAGACCUUUUAAAUGUAAAUACUGUGAUAAAAAAUACACUCUGAAAUAUGAUCUUCAUAAGCAUCAUAAAAAUUGUCAUCCUAAUCUUAAAAUAAAAUUUUAAAUUAGAUCCAAAGUUGGCAGUAUGAUAAUUUUAGUCUAGUUCAUAAAACUGGCUGCUAAAAAAAAUUAUGUGUCUCAUAUCAUGAGAUUUUCUUGUGUUGCUAUUUUACACUUUUAUUUUUCAAGUUAUCUAUUUUUUU